ACAACACACAAAAUGCCCCGCGCAGAAAGGACCAAGGCGACACGGCGGCACGGCGCAGCGGCCCCGCUCACGAAGCGCGCGCUCGUCGCUGACGGGGCGGUGGAGCACGUUCUGCCUGGUUCGAACCCGGCGGCGGAGAUCCCCGACCUCGCCCCAUCAAAGCCCGAACCCACCUCCAAGCCCUUCCACGGCGCGGUCCUCGCCGGCGCCGCGGCCCCAUACUCGAAGUCGCACGCGCGGCGAGAAAAGCGCAAGGCCGCGCAACAGCUCGGCAGCGGGCUAGGCAGCGUCGCGGCUGCGCUGUUCGAGGCGGCUGGGGAGGUGCCCGUGCCCACUGCGCCGGUCGCCACGAGCCGCGGGAAGAAGCGCGCCGAGGUGGUGGAGGUGCCCCCGCAGCUUAGGAAGCGGGAGGCGGACGGCAAGAUUGGCGAGGGGAGCGCCAAGACGAUGGGCGAGAGGCGGAGGAGGAAACAGAUCUCCGCCGCCGCACAGCGCAUCCCAGCAGUAAUGGCGCACCCGUCCUUCAAGGCCUCGCCGUGGGCCACGAUCCGGGAACACGCCGCCAACUCGCUCGCUGCCGCCGAGGCAUCGACUUCUCUCGCGCAGAGAAAGGACACGAGCGGGGCCGCUAGGGCGCAGAAGGCGGCUGCGUACGCUGCGUCAUCUGGUGGCGCGAUGGUCGGGGUUGAGUAGGGCGAGGGCAAAGGGGGAGGGGCAUGUAUUGUAUUGUACGCGGAGUGUCAGGCGCGGUCGCCUCGACUGACUGCCACUUGCACCAGCCAGUCGGUAGUCGUCAAUGGUGCACUGCGGCGGUGGC